GCUAAGUUAUUGUACAGAGCACUUACUGUUUUGGGGGUAUUAAAUUGAAAUAGUGCAAUUUAGAACAAUGCUCUUCUGUUCAUACAGUACUUAGUUAACUAUCUGAUCUGUGGUACCAUUGGAAACAGGCAAACUUUAUUAGCCAUUAGCAGUCAGCAGGUAUUUCUAACUCCUUCCAAGCUGUUUCUUUGUUCCAGUUUUUAACCGUUUUGGUAUUCCUGCCUGUUGUCUCUACAUUGUUACUAAAUUGGAUGUUAUCACAUUUGCAAGUCAGAAUGUUCUUUUUGCAUAAAUUUGUUCUAUUGCUAGCUGCAUAUAAAUUAGGCAUCUGUUGAUAGUCACCUUGCAAGUGUGUGCACUUUUGCAAAAGGCAAACAAAUAGUGAGUAGUUACCAAAACUCGGGAAAAAGUUUCAUUUAACGAAAAAAGCUCUCUGAGUAGCUUGUGUGGUGCACUUAGUGCUUCUGGUUUUCCCCUCUCCCUCCCCUUUGAAUGCCUGCCACGCGGGCUACUCUAUCGGGGAAUUGUGCAAAGGCAAAGAGGAAGAUUUCAUGGCAAUGGACAUCAGAUUUAUCAGGAAAAAAGAUUGGCAAUCAAGGCUGAUCAAUGACUUAUUUGGAAACAUUUCCGUCAUGUAGCAGAUAUAUAUCUGAGUGCAGAUCUGAUAACCCAUAAAAUAACCAUGGCUAGUCUAGACUAGCCAUUUCCAGAGAUUGGAGCUCACUUGAUUACAUUGUAAUUUGAGAGACAGGCUGUUAAAACAAAAAGUUCGUAAUUGUAUCAACAAUUACUAUAGAAAUCUCCAGAAGAACUAAAGCAUUUUUCCAAGUGCUAAUGUGGAGAUGUUUUACAUGCUUGCUAGCAAGCAAGUGAUAAAGUCGUUUCCUAUAAAUCACGUUUUGAUAGUCAGUUUACCAAAGAGUUUGGAGAACCUGAUGAUCCUAGUGAUCAGCUUAGGGUUGAGUGCAGUUAAAUGAUGAUUACAAUGGUGAUUGCGACAACAGUGACGGAUGAAGAAGAAGAAGAAGAAGAAGAAGAAGAAGAAGAAGAAGAAGAAGAAGAAGAUGAUGAUGAUGAUGAUGAUGAUGAUGAUGAUGAUGAAGAUGAUGAUGAAGAAGCAGAUUGAGUACUCUGAGGGAACAUCAGUUUCAGAUAUCCACGUCAUCCCAUGUCAGCAAAUUCAAACAGCACUGUUCAUAACAGCACACAUCUGGAGAGGACAGAGAAUUCACCAAGACAGGAGUCACUAUCUUCAGCUACUGUAACAGAAAUCACUCAGCUUUCAGAGACUGUUAAAGGGCUUUGCUUGAAAGUAGAGGAUAACAGAUUUAAAUUCAAACCAGGACAAUGGGUUGAUUUCUUUAUUCCUGGUCUAGCCACUGUGGGUGGAUUUUCGAUCUGUUCCAGUCCCAGAGAACUCAAGGAGUCCAGCACUAUAGAGCUUGCUGUGAAACACAGUCAACACCCCCCAGCACUCUGGGUUCAUACUAAGUGUUGUGUUGGCAGUAAGGUUCAUAUGAGAGUUGGAGGAAACUUUUAUUUCGAUCCAAAACCUGAUGAUUCCUGUCCUGACCUGCUUCUUAUUGCUGGUGGUGUUGGUAUAAACCCAGUAUAUUCCAUUGUACGACAUGUUGCUGACAUCUCCCCGUAUCAACACACUGGAAAAACCGUGCUACUAUUCAGUGCACAGAACCAAGAUGAACUGCUCUUCAAGGAAUCAUUGAUGGAAAUUUCCAGAAAGUGUCCCUCAAUACUUUGCAGAUACUUUGUCACAAAGCGGGAAAAUGAAAAUUGUAAAACUGGAGCAGGAAGCACACAAAUAAUAUAUGAGCAUGGUCGUAUAAAUGAAUCAAGACUUCAAGAAGCUGUAUCGUCCCUGGACAGGAGUCAGUUAAUGUGUUAUAUCUGUGGUCCUCCACCAAUGAUCAAACACGUGUCAGACAUCUUGUACAAGUUGAACAUUGCAGAGAACAGAAUACACUUCGAGAAAUGGUGGUAGCGGCCGGCUUCUUCAUUUUGCUUAAUGGGACGCACUGACAAAGUAAAAUGGAAAGUUCGGAUUUUUGGGGGGACGUGGUUAUAGCCGAAAAUUACAUAUUAGAAUUCUGUUGGUAGGCAUCCCCUACAAUUUUAAUGGGAACGGCCAUUUGGAAGCUUAUUUUGAAAAUACAUGUAUUCUUCUAAUUGUUCAAAUUUUCAAGUGAGGACGUAUUCAAGUAGAAUACCCCUAGCACGUUUAAAUUGUGCACAUGAUGUCGACACUAGGUCUUAGGUUGGUUUAAUUAAAGGUUGUUGCAUUCAUCACAUGUAUUUAUAAUUUUCAAUAAAGUUCGAGUGGUCCAAAUUUCUGUUGUGGGUAGGUUGUGUGUAUGUUCUUUUCGGUGGUUUGGGUUGUUUUAUUCAGUGUUCAAUUUCGGGAACUGACGUAGGAAUCAUGUGAUCUUCUGGGUUUUUUUUUUGGUUUUUUUUCACUGUCUACGCAUGUCAAAUUCACACUCAACAGGAGACUGCACCCCUCCAGGUCGAAGACGAUGCCUCUACUUUAAACAAAGCGGCUUUGUUAUUUUCAGUGUUAUUUGAAAAGAAUACUAGCGACAUUUAAUGUGGAAAGGUUUCUAUAAAAGUUGUGUUUAAUGGGUAUUUUGGCUUAGAUAAAGAUGUGUUUACUUACUGAAACGACCGCAGUGCCCAUUGUUUGAUUAAUGAUGUUAGCAUUCCAGGAAGUUCUAGUUUACAAACGGGGAACGAACAUGUUGUUCGUUUCGAAUUCGGAGUUUUGAGUUGGGUAACACAUUUUCUAGUUUUAGGUCCUUCCUUUUGCUUUUUGAGAUCUUCGUUUCCGGCUUUUUGGUUGGAAAAGAUUUUCGCUGAGAAAAAUUGCCUAACUCCCCUUCCCCUCCAUAAUUUAAUUGGUCAUCGCUUAGUUUUGGGGUUCUGGGUGCUUCUUGUUAUCAUCUUUGUUUUCGGUAAUUCCGCAGUGGUUCUUUUUCAAAACGAAAAUUUCAUUCAUCCUUAAUCAAACACCCUCUUUGUCUUGAAUUACUCCCCUACAUCACCAAAAAAAGAGGGUACAGUCGUAUAUUUCGAUCCACUGUCACUCAAAUAGCAAA